CUCCAUUCCUUUUUGUUCUUCCCAUUUCCUUUUUUAGCAUUUCUUUUUGUUCUUCCCCUACUGAAUCUUUACUAUUUUUGGCCAUAGUUUUUUUACCAAUUUACCCUAAGAUUCCCCACUAUUUACAAAAAAUACCCUAAGAUUCUACCCUUUCCCACCCACUUUUACCCCACCCACCUUAUUUAAUUAAUUAACCUAACCCUACCCCCCCCUCCCUUUAUUACCCGUCCCUAUCUCACAAUCCCUCCCUCACCUCUCAUUCUGAUUUCUCUCUCUCACCUCUUCGGAUCUCUCUCUCUCUCUUAUUUCACUCUCUCUCUCUCUUAAAAUUCCUCCCCUGUUCUUGAGAAAACCCUAGGUUUUCCGCCUCUGAUCUGGGUUUUCCUCUCCAAAUCUCGCAAAUCUGAAACGUUUUCGCAGAAAAACGUUCAUAAAAAUUACUCGGAAUCAUUUUCCGAUCAGAUCCCCUCUAUUUUUGUCCCCUUUUUGGUCCCUAAUCGUCGCUGAUCUCUGUUUUUCUGGUACUUUAUGGGUUCUUCUUUGUCUAGAACUCGAGGUGAUUCUGGGGUGGGAACUUCUGGUCAAAGAAUCCCCGAUUCCAACUGUGAUUGGGGAUCCAAGUGCAACUGUCCCAAUAACGAGCAUUCCUACUCCGCCGAAUAUAAAAACAAUCUGUAUUUGGCCCAAAAAGAAAAUACGAGUACUCGAAACUAUUUGGAAGAAUGGUUUCGGAAGAGGGAAGUGGAGCCAGGAGAGGAGGUUGAGUCAAAAUAUGACGAUCGGAAACCCACUCCCUCAGAUCUGCGUUUUUUCGGUGAAGGAGAUUCCGAUGAGGAACCAAGUGGGUCUGAUUCAUUUGAUCUGGUGUAUGUUGGAGAGUGUGAAAAUGAGAAUGGUGAUGCUGUUGGGUCUCCAGGACAACUUUCAUCUGGUUAUCCCUCCUCAAAGAAAGGAGAAAAGGGAAAAAAAUCGGCUUCAGCAUCUGAUGAUGCUUAGAUAAGUCUGUCUCCUUUCUCCCUUUUUUCAUUUUAUUGAAUGCUGGCUAGCUGUGGAGUCAUAAGGUGGAUGCCAACAACUGUGAUCUGUUGUUGGCCAGGGGUGUUGUUGUUUGGAUGAUGAUGUUGUGAUUAGUUGUAUGGAUGUUGAUGUUAGAUAAUGAUGUUAUGAUAUUGAUAUUGAUAAUGAUGAUUGGAUGAUGGUGUUUCCAUAUGGUUAUGAAAUUUUGUGGAAUGUUGUCUGUGUGAUGAACAUGAUUUGAUGGCUUAAUGUCCCCUGUUUUAUGGUAUGUUUUGUGUAUGAUAAAUAUGAUGCUUUGGUGAGUUUGAGAUUUGUUCAGUAUAACUAUGUUUUGGAUUAGUAAAGGCAUGAAAUGAAUAUAAUUUGGGGAUAGGGUUUGAGUUAUUUCAGUCCUCUCAGUGUGGCCUGGUGUUGAAUGCUUAAUGUCCAAGCAUGUCCCUUUAGGAUACAAUAAUGUCCCUUCAUUUAUUGUGAUCGAUGAUGAGUCUUUUUUUUGCUGAGGAACAAGUCCAACUAACCACAAAUGCUCGUGCUGCCAUUAGUAUCAGUAAUGAUAUUUCUCGGGCGCUAAGUGUUUGUGGUUUGGAGUUGUUUUAAUGAUGCUUGGGGACAUUCUGAGAUCAAUAUUAGGAGGUUUGUGAUCUUCAAUGAUGUGAUUGUUGAUAUUCUGAGAUCUUUGUUUUGAUAAUUGUCCUUUAACUUCUUUUGUCGAACGGAGUGAAUGUCAUUUCACACAAUGGAAUGUGAAUAUCAAUCAUUCCGUUCGGCAGAAGAAUGUUAAAGAUAUGAUAGUAUUGAAACUACUUGAUCAAUGAUGUGUGUCAAUAUGUCUGAGAAAUGAAACCCUACAUGUUAAUGAUCUGUUUAAUGCUUCAUGUCCCAUGAAUCAGUGGAGGUCUGUGAUGAGUCUUUCAUUUGAUGAGGUUCAAACCCUAUGUUUUUAUCAGUUCAUGGUGAUCUGAUGCAUUGUUGAUUGUUAUUGUUAUGCUUGAUCUGUGAUGAGUCUUUCAUUUGCUGAGACUCAAACCCAAUGUUCCAAUAACACUUGUGCACCAUUAGCAUCAUUGAUGCUCUUCCGGAGCUAAGUGUUAGGGGAUAGGGUUUGUGUCAAUGAUGCUUGGGGACAUUCUGA